AGCAAACAACCGCCUCCUCUUUCUUCUCCUCUCUCUCCUCUACACACUUAAAAAGUGAGAACGACCACUGGAGGAGCUCAGUCCCAGAGGCGAGACAUCCAUCCAACAUCCUUAAAUCAUCAUCCUUUAUUUGAGAACUGAAGAGGUCUAAACGUCUACAUUGACCAUGACUAGGACACUGCUAUUGCUCCUGGCUGCUCUUUGCUACUCCCUAGCGGACAAUGUGGAGCUGUUCCGUUCAAAGAGAGGAACUCGUUUCUAUCGAGGUGAGCCUAAGCGGCAGCCAGCCAGACGAACACGAUUCAUUGUUCAUGUCCAGAAGCCUUCACCUUCCUUUGAAACAUCCUUACGUUGUGCGGAUAGUGAGACCUCAGCCGUGCAUAGUUUUGGGGACACUUGGCUGCGAUGGAGGGGACAGCGUGUGGAGUAUUGCCAUUGUGCUUUAAGAGGACGAGAACUUUGUCACAUUGUGCCCGUCAUCAACUGCUAUGUGUCUCAUUGCUACAAUGGAGGGACAUGCAAGGAGGCAGUGUAUUCGUCCGACUACAUUUGUCAGUGCCCACCAGGCUUCAGUGGCACUCAGUGUGAGAUCAACAACAGAGAGAAAUGUGUUGCUGGACGAGGGGACGCGUACCGCGGCACGUGGACUAUCAGCAAGUCCGGAGCAGAGUGCAUCAACUGGAACGCCACAUCCCUGAGAGGGAAGAGGUUCACUGCCAGGAAAGUGGACGCCAGCAGUCUUGGAUUGGGCAAUCACAACUACUGCAGGAACCCUGACAACGACAGCGCUCCUUGGUGUUACACGUAUAAAGGCACUCAAAUUGCCUGGGAGUUCUGUUCUGUGCCCAAAUGUCCAGAAGAUAAGUACGAAGAAUGCAAGAGGGGCAUCGGUCUGACCUACAGGGGCACGGCAUCCGUCACUAAAAGUGGCUCCCACUGUCUCUCGUGGGACUCUCCGGCUAUCAUACACAAGUACAACAAUGCAUGGAGGUCUGAUGCUCUCGAAGUGGGGCUUGGUAGCCACAGCUACUGCAGGAAUCCUGAUGGUGAUGAAGGUCCGUGGUGUCAUACCUACAAGAACAUGCAGCUGACCUGGGAGCUCUGUGAUGUACCUAAAUGCAUGAGGCGUCCACCCACUGUCAACCCUCUGGGCCCUCGAGGCCCCACAACCAACAAUGACAACAGAGCAACGUGCGGCCAGCGAUUAGACAACACCCUCACCCAGCCUGCCUUCCGCAUGUUUGGGGGCAAAGAGAGCGACAUCACGGAGCAGCCCUGGCAGGCCGCCAUUAAUGUGUACCAGCCUCGCCUGCGCCAGCACUUCCACAGGUGCGGUGGGGUUCUAAUCGAUUCUUGCUGGGUCCUGUCGGCUGCACACUGCUUCGAAGCCUCGGAUAAACCCUCAAAGUUAGAGGUGAUUCUGGGCAGAACGUUCCGCAAACAGAAUUCCAGUAGUGAGCAGAUUUUUAAGGUUGAAAAGUACUGGAUCCAUGAGAAAUUUGACAAUGAGACGUUUGAUAACGACAUAGCUCUGUUAAAGCUGAAGUCAGACAUUGGCUUCUGUGCCAUACACUCUGCAGAGGUUCGUCCUGCGUGUCUCCCCGAGGCCGGCCUGGUGCUUCCGGACUGGACCGAGUGUGAGAUCUCAGGCUACGGAAAAGACACAGAGUUUGCUGCUCAUUACUCUGAGCGUGUCAAGAGAGGUUUUGUUCGCCUGUGGCCCAGAGAACGUUGCAUCCCUGAUGUGCUGUCCGGACGUCCGGUGACCGCCAACAUGCUUUGUGCGGGCGACACCCGAGGCUUAGAUGAUGCCUGCAAGGGAGACUCCGGCGGUCCACUCGUCUGUCGCAACAACAACAAGAUGACUCUCAUGGGUGUCAUCAGCUGGGGUGACGGCUGCGGCCAGAGAGAUAAGCCUGGCGUCUACACACGUGUCACCCGUUACAUCGACUGGAUACGAAACAAGAUCAAGGCCAACCCCAUCUGAGAAACGAAUGUGCAGUUUAUGAUCCAAAUCAAACUGGUGUAGGUUUAAAACCGGCAAAACCCACUUUUUCAGAGGGUUAACGGGACCAAGAAAGUCAUGAGAUUUACCACUCAGAAGCUUCUUCACUUCCGGUGUGAAUGGACAGAAUAUUUCCUCUUUCCUGUUCAUCGCCAAUGUUUUGUCUUUUCACGCGGAGACGUGUUUAGUUGUCGCCCUCCAGUGCUGGCCAUCACCCCUAUGGGGGAUUCUGAGGUUACAGAGGUGGACAGCAGUUACAGUACAGACUUAUGCCUCGAAAAUACUUCAAAACUAAUCUGCUGGUUCAGAUUUUGACUGUUUUCAGUUAAGGAAAGAUACCUUUGUCCUCUCUUUUUGGAACAUAACACUCCCCCAGACCCCUGGGUUGAACCCAGCAAGUACAUCAGGCGUCAUGUAUUGUCUGUAAAUUGCCUUUAAUAUUUUUACUUACCUGCUUUUUUAUUUUAUUUUUUAGCUGCACAGUUUAUCUCUUAACUAUAAAUCGUUUGUAUUUCCCAGGGAACAUGGUUUUACAACAUUUUGUACUAACUUAAUAUUUAUGUGUAUUUCAUAGAGACGUACUUGUAUUGUAAAUAGUUUAUUGUCAUAUAAUCUUAUCUGGUAAAAUACAAUAAAUAUUAUUUGGAGUUAAA